UGGCUAAAUUGUGUCCAAUUAGAAAGCGGUAUCAGAAUGUACCUGAGCCAAUCAGCAGACAGAGUAGAUUCUAUAAAAAGAGAACAGAAAAGCGCGGCUGGUAUAUUUCUAUUUUCUGAGAAGAACGAUAGAAGAUUUGCAAUGGCUGAAGCAGCUGAGACGGCGCCUGCUCCUCCCCCGGCUGAACCCGCAGCCAAGAAGAAGAAACAGAGCAAGAAAGCAGCGGGGGCCACUAAAUCCAAGAAGCCAUCUGGGCCCAGUGUGUCCGAACUGAUAGUCAAAGCCGUAUCCGCUUCCAAGGAGCGCAGCGGGGUGUCCCUGGCAGCUCUGAAGAAGGCUCUGGCUGCAGGAGGUUACGAUGUGGAGAAGAAUAACAGCCGCCUCAAGCUGGCUCUCAAGGGCUUGGUCAGUAAGGAGACCCUUGUCCAAGUGAAAGGGAGCGGAGCCUCCGGGUCCUUCAAGCUCAACAAGAAGCAGCUGCAGAGUAAGGAGAAGGCGGCACCGGCAGCAGCCAAAGCCAAGAAACCGGCAGCAAAGAAGGCAGCCAAGUCCCCGAAGAAGCCCAAGAAGGUGUCCGCAGCCGCCAAGAGCCCAAAGAAGGUGGUGAAGAAAGCAGCAAAGGCCGCCAAGAGCCCAAAGAAGGUGGCGAAGAAAGCAGCAAAGGCAGCGAAGAGCCCCAUAAAGCCUAAAGCUGCCAAAGCCAAGAAAGUGGCCAAGAGCCCCGCAAAAAAGAGCGUGAAGCCCAAAGCUGCCAAAAGCCCCGCAAAGGCCAAAGCAGCCAAACCCAAAGUGGCUAAAGCAAAGAAAGCCGCCCCUAAGAAGAAAUAAGCUGGCUCACUGGCCAACUGCCCCAAAGGCUCUUUUAAGAGCCACCA